AACAAAACGAAUAACAUCAAACCACGGAGCGUAUAUUUUAUCUAGAGUCAGUGAUCAAACAAACUAGUUAUCUAUUUAAUAUAAUUUACGUGGUGUCUCCUUGGAAAAAAUAUGUCAAUAUAUUCCCCUGUAUCUGCAAGUUUAUGUGGUUGUCAUCCGGUUGUAAAACCACAGGUGAUAUGUGUCACGGGAUUAACGCAAAUACGAGUAAGGUGCGCUAAGUUUUAUAACGGUUCUCAUUAAUUGUUUGCUACUCAUCCAUGGGAUAGCCUUUGUUACGUCAUGGAAUUUCAUAACGUCACAGAUUUUGAUUGGCUAAAAAGGGAGAUCCCAGCGCUGUAAAUAAACAAUUUACGUUGUUCACGUUCUAUUUAAACUGCCGUGAGUUUUACGUUAGGAGGUAUUUAUUUAAAUGAAGGAAAUCACAAUCAAUCAAUGACAGUGAAUAAACUUUUGUGUUGCAUUGGAACAAAUAUUUCGACAUAACAAACCUCAUAUUUCAGUAUUUAUUAGUCUACCGGUGUUUCUUGAAAUAUAAUUUAAUUAAAAGGACAAUGCUGUGUGGACGCUCAUUAUAACACCGUGUUAGCGUAGAGACCUUUGUAUUACACAUCCAUACAAGUGUAGUGUUCUAAAACAAUAGUUUUACGUUUAAAAAGUUCAUAUAAAGGUUUAAGAAUAAAUUCUCUGGACACUGGACGACAAAAUGCCUUCAAAAUACGAUUUUGGAAAUAAAGAAAAGUCGAAGCUCGAGUUCUCGAACGGAAGUACGGCAACGGUUGAUACGCAGCCUGAAGAUGUAAAAGGCGAGGAGCAAAUUGAACGCGGCGAGUGGGGAAACAAGGCGGAGUUCGUUCUCUCUUGCAUAGGACUCUCGGUCGGACUCGGAAACGUCUGGAGAUUUCCGUACCUUGCGUACAAUCAUGGCGGAGCCGCUUUCCUGAUCGCCUACCUAAUACUACAGGUCCUGAUCGGCAAACCAAUGUACAUGAUGGAACUGGUGCUAGGCCAGUACUCUGGGAAAGGGCCCACUGGUAUAUGGGCCAUGAACCCCAGCGCUAAAGGAGUCGGCAUAUCGAUGGCCCUCAUCGCCCUUGUUGUGGCCAUCUACUACAACGUGAUCAUGGCAUACACAGUCUACUACAUGUUCGCCUCCAUGCAGAAAGUCCUUCCAUGGACAACUUGCAAAGACGAAUGGCUGGAUCUUGGAUGUGUAGAGAAGACCCAGAAGCAGCUGAAAGCAUGCACUGGGAAUUCUACCAUCGACAGCAUCGGGCGGUGCUUGUGUGACGCCAAGAACUACACUUUCAAUGUCAUGUUUGCGCCAAACUGCACCAAUACGAGCAACGUCGCAGUGGCUGAGCUGUAUUUCGAGAAGUCCGUGAUUCAGAGGGCACCCAACAUGUUCCCCUCCGAUGUGGGAGCCCCAAUCUGGCAGCUGGCCCUCUGUCUUCUCCUGUCCUGGAUAGUGGUCGUCUUCUGUCUCAUUAAGGGGAUAAAGUCCUCAGGAAAGGUCGUGUAUUUCACGGCCACGUUCCCUUAUGUGAUCCUGCUCAUCCUGCUGGUAAGGGGCUGUCUGUUAGAUGGGGCCAUUGACGGCGUAAAAUACUUCAUCAUCCCCAAGUGGAGUAAACUACUCGAUAUUGACGUUUGGGCAGCUGCAGCCGGUCAGAUGUUCUUUUCACUGUCCGUAUCUUUUGGAGGUAUCAUCAUGUUUGGCAGCUACAACAAGUUCAAGAACAAUGUCUAUGGCGACGCUCUCUUGAUCAGCGCCAUGGAUGUGAUUACCAGUGUCAUCGCCGGCUUCGUCAUCUUCACCACAUUCGGCGGCAUGGCAAAGCAGAUAGGAGUAGAUGUGCAGGACGUAGCCAAGGGAGGAUAUGGUCUCGCCUUCGUUGCCUACCCCGAGGCUCUCUCCAACUUGCCGCCUCCUCAGCUCUGGUCAAUAUUGUUCUUCUUCAUGCUGUUCACACUCGGUCUUGACAGCGAGUUCGCUCUGUUGGAGACCGUACUGACGUGUAUCCAGGAUGAAUACCCGCACUUACGCAAGUACAAGAGUCACAUGUGUGUGGGCCUCGGCAUCGCUUGCUACUUCCUCGCAUUGCCUUGCAUUACACCGGCUGGAGACUAUGUUGUUACCCUCAUGGAUUCCUGGGGAGCGGACUUCUCCGUACUGUUUGUUGCUGUUUGUGAGACAAUCGCCGUCAUGUGGGUUUACGGUGUUCACCGUUUUAUUAAGGACUGCACCUACAUGCUGGGACAUCCUCCUAGACCAAUGAUAUUUUGGGCAGUUUGCUGGGCCUUCUGUUCACCCAUCCUCAUUGGUGCACUGUUCAUGUACAAAAUGAUCAAGUUCAAAGCCCCGGAGAUCACUAAAGGCGUCCCAUACCCAGAGUUUGCACAGGCAAUAGGCUGGGCCUUGACCGCGAUUGUCCUCGUCCCCAUUCCGCUGGUGUUCGUCUACAAAUUCAUCCGCGCGGAGGGGGGCAUUUUAGAGAGGUUAAGAUUUAUCACUAUACCGGAUGACACAUGGGGUCCAAACGACGGAAGUGACAAACGCCCUCUACAGAACAACUAUGAAUUGGACCGGAAGUAUGGUCUGGAUAAUCCAGGGGCAGUUAAUACAAAUGGAAAUGUACAUGUGAACAUGUGAAAUAAGGGGCUUUAGAAGGGAAAUGAAUUAGAAGUCUUCGUUAAGCUCUUUCAUUCUUCUCAUUUUGGUAGUGAGCUGCAUAUUGUGUUCGCGAUUCGAGUGGUUUUUGAAAACAAGUGAAAUUAUAAAAUUAUGAUUCUACUUCUUUUAAAACACAAGCCUUGAGUAGUAAUCUGCCUCGAGUAUGUUGCGAAAACGGCAUGAGUAAUGGCUCCACUCACUUAGUCAGUUUUAUUAGUUCUAUAUAUCUGAAAUGUACAGCAAAGAACCGUUUUUAAACAAGGUUGUAUACUUUAACAUGUACAUACGGCUCUUUACGACUCUUUGUGACUAUCUGACUAAUGUGAUUUUUUUUUAAUGUAUAUUUUAACCUUCGUGGGAAAUCGGAUGUUGUAUAAACGUUAUACGAUGUUGUAGGAAGUGUGAUCUUAAAAUCCGGAUUAAUAUGUUGCAGACGAAAUAUUUGGAUAUUUAGUUGCCGUGUGGUUUACAUUUUAAUCAGAUUGACCGAGAACGCACGGUUGUUGUGUUGUUGUUAUUCGUUUUACCUUUAACGUAUUUACAUAUAACUGAAUACAAAUGGCUACGCUUUAAUUGUUUGUUAAGAUGUGGACAAUGAACACAAUUUAAAAAAAAGUAUACUUGACACUUUUAUUCUUAGCUGGCAACGUUAACAACAUAAAUGAUUGGUUUUUGCUACUGUAAUUGUCCUCUUGCAUUACUUUUGACGAUAUCAUCAAUAUUCGGAAAAACCUGAAGAAACAAAAUGAACGUAACCGAAUAAUCCAUUUAACAAGUUUUUCCCAAUCCCGUUUGCCAUAAACAAAUUGUUCGUGCAUUAAGUUAACUCUACACAUAUCAAAGGAAUGGUGUUUAUAAUUGUUUCACUGCAUAUCGGCAGAUGCCCAUGUGUUGUUAUAUAUUAAUUUAUACACACAUAUCGUUUUAUAAAGCAUAUCUAUCUUUCAGAUUCCAGUUUGUUGUAUGUUUUAUUACGAAAUAAUUUUUAAGUUAUGUUUUAUAAUCAGUCGUCAUCUUACACAUAUGUGCGCCAUUGUAUAUUGUAUUAAGGCAAACAUUUAUGAAAAUCAAAUCAAAAUAUGCUUCUUGUACUUUUAAUCAAAUAACUGUAUUAUAUUUUUGAUUGUGUAUAAUGCACACAUACUGUGCGAGUUUUACCUACUGUUAUUUUACCAUUAUUGCAUAUUGAUGUAUAUAUUAAAUGAAACAUAACACACAGA